AUGGAAACGUCGCCGUCUUACGGGGAAACAGAAUACGAUUUAAACAAUGGCGAAACGAUAAAAAAUUUUUUGGAAAAAUCAGAAUGCCAGGAAAAAAACGAAAGGCCGAUAUCGCCAUCGAGUGAUGCCAGCACGAGUGGUGUAUGUUCAUUGGCAUCUUCCGAUUUCGAAUCCUUAGAAGAAAAUUACAAUAAGGAUAAUUUAAAAUAUCAUCAUCAUCAACAAGAAGAAGAAGAAGAAGAAGAAGAUAAUUAUUUCAACGAUCCUGUGAUAAUUUACCAAAAACGAAAUCUUCUCAACGUUUUCGAUAACAUAUAUCCAUAUUCGGUUUUUCAAACGACGAACGUACCCCAAAUGAACCUGAGCAAUUAUUGGGAAAGGCGUUCGAUAUAUCAUCGACUGGGUCCCUAUGGGAAAAUAAACGAAUUUGAUUUACAAAAAUGUUUCCUAUUUGAAAUUUUCAUUAUAAAAUUGCAAAAUCCGACCCUGGAAUCCGAAAAUGGUCGAAAAGAGAAGAACUCAGAGCCAACAUAA